CUUGAGUUGGCACAACCUAUAUAUAAUGCGACUCCUCUCAACGGUUUCACUCACUUUUCAUAGUUGUGUGGCUAUUCAAUAAAAAUCUGAAAGCUCUUAUUUUCUUCUUAGGAAAUAUCUACGAUUUCAAGAUGCAAAUCUUUGUGAAAACAUUGACUGGAAAAUCAAUCACCCUUGAGGUGGAGAGUUCUGAUACCAUAGACAAUGUGAAAGCUAAAAUCCAAGAUAAGGAAGGGAUUCCACCCGAUCAGCAAAGGCUUAUCUUUGCUGGAAAACAAUUGGAAGAUGGUCGCACCCUUGCUGAUUACAACAUCCAGAAGGAAUCCACUCUUCACCUUGUGCUCCGAUUGAGAGGUGGAAUGCAGAUCUUUGUUAAGACCUUGACAGGGAAGACCAUCACCCUUGAGGUUGAAUCCUCAGAUACUAUUGAUAAUGUGAAAACUAAAAUUCAGGAUAAGGAAGGCAUUCCACCAGAUCAACAAAGGCUUAUAUUUGCAGGUAAACAGCUUGAAGAUGGAAGGACCCUGGCUGAUUAUAACAUCCAGAAGGAAUCCACUCUCCAUCUUGUUUUGAGGCUUCGUGGGGGUAUGCAAAUUGUUGUUAUGACCCUUAGUAAAAAGACCAUAACUUUGGAGGUUGAGAGUUCAGAUAGAAUUGAUGAUGUGAAAGGUAAGAUUGAGGAUAAGGAGGGUAUUCCACGAGAUAAACAAAGGCUUAUAUAUGGAGGGAGAACACUUAAAGAUGGAAAGACCCUAGAUGAUUAUUACAUCCGGAAGGAAGACACUCUCGAUCUGGUUUUGGAGCAAGCUGGGGGGAUGGAAAUUCUUGUUAAGAUCUUUAAUGGAAAGACCAUAACUUUGGAGGUAGAAAGUUGUGAUACAAUCGAGAAAGUUAAGGCGAAAAUUGAGGAUAAAGAGGGAAUUCCCGCAGACAAACAGAAUCUAAUUUUCUUUGGCAAAGCAUUGAAUGAUGGUGGCACUCUGGCUGAUUAUAAUAUCCAGAAGGAUAACCCUUACUGGGAAAACAAAUCUCCGGAGUUGAAAGCUCUCAUACUAUGGAUAAGCGAGGAUACAUGAUAUGGAGGGAAUUUGUGCCUUUAGUCUCUGU